AUGAGAUUCUUCUUGGCUUGCUUUUUGUUCCUUUCACCUAUCCUUGUGAGGGGUAAUAUGGAGGAGGCAGUUGAGAAGGCCGUCUCCACGAUGCAAUCAGACCCAGGAGGAUUCGGAUAUGCUCUCGGUGAGAAAGCGCGACCCGUUGCGGAUUGGCUUGACGCCGAUGCACCGGCAAGUGGACAUGAAUGGGAAAGUGUAACACGAUCGUAUCACCCUUCUCAUGGGGUCCCGAUAAGUAAGGAAGAGGUCGUGAAUUGGAUUGAUAAUGAUCUAUCUCGCAUCAGAGGACGCGGUCAACCUCCUCGUUCUUAA